AUGACUACGUUAUUCCCCAGCCCGAUUGAUGACGACCAAGAAAUGGAGGAAGUUCUUUCUUCAGAGGACGAUGGAGAUGACGUAUGUGUUAUGGACCGUUGCCAUCUCUUGUUGUACGGUAAUACAUUUUAUUUAUAGGCGGUGAAAGUUCGAAGGAAACAGAAGAAAGGCGCACUCACCUGCGGAUUCAAAAGUGAUUUUGUAUUCGUAGAUGAUAACAUGGAGGAGGAUGUGGAUCAUUACGACGGAAUAAAGCCCUAUCUGAAAAAAACGGUGGCCAUCUCUUUGCAGGACAAGAUAGAUGAAGAGAGAAGGCGGCUUCAGAUAGCUGAUAAAGUGGUUUUAGGAGGGGCCGCUGAAGAUGAGGAAACUGUUGUUAAAGAAGACGGAGGGCUAAUUCAAGAAAUGACUGAAACCUCGGGUACGGUAGCAGUUUUUAAUCAACGUACUUUUUAGAUAAAAUCCGAGAGAAGCGAGUGAAGGGCAUUAGUCAGAAGAACUUCUUUGAUGAAGAAUCAGAAAGCUUGACCAACGUGUCAGAUUCCCUUAGCUUCUAUGACAUGAAAUUGAGCAGACAAGUAUUGAAGGUAAGGUUGGUGGUGUAAAAUUUUAUUUUUAGGCUGUUAUGGAGUUGGGGUACAGUCAACCAACCCCAAUCCAGUCCGCGUGCAUCCCCGUUGCUCUUGCAGGAAAAGAUAUUUGUGCUUGUUCGGCAACUGGUACAGGAAAAACUGCGGCUUUCAUGCUACCAAUCCUAGAGAGGCUAUUGUACAAGUCGAAGGGACAACGUUCCACUACCCGUGUUUUGGUUCUGGUACCUACCCGAGAGUUGGCUAUCCAGGUCUUUCAAGUGUCUCGGAAGUUGGCAAAGUUCACCAACGUUGAGAUAUGUCUUUGUGCAGGUGGGUUAACUUUAUUUGAAUAA